UAUGUCACUAUGUCAUGUCACCUGCAGAGUUUUAUUUUAUUUCAGAGAGUAAAUAAUAAAUAGAACGAUUUUCGUAUGACCUUGAAAAUUGGUUUCGGUAACUGUUCGUUAUUUGUUUUAUCAGCUAAUGGAUGAUAACAUCAAAGAAAACCCUAAUAAUUAUGGAGAAGGCGUUGUUUGAUUGGCCAAUCGUGUUACAGUAUGACGUCAAAGCAAAGUAUCAAUUGAUUUCUAGAAAGUUCUCAGGCAUGAAUUUUUUUUUUUCACCUGAGCGUUCAUUUAACCAACCAAAAGCCACGCGCGUUUGUAUCCAUUCGAUAAACCAAUCAAAUCGCUCUAUUUCCGUUCAUUUGUUGUGUUGUUCGCGCGUUUUCAUUUCAAAGUCAUACAAAAAUCGCUCUAUUGUAACUCAUUCUUUGUGCACUUUUAAUAUUGUUUCUCUUUGAUGCUACAGAAACUACGAGUGCGAACACAUUACUUUUACCCACUCUUAGCCAUGUAUGCCAAUAAUGAAAAUGCCAAAGGUAUGAUAAAUUAUACACUUAAGUAAUUUUAUGACCUUUUCUAGCUGCACCUACAUUGCUUCGACUCCCGUCACAUGACAACUGUGGGUCAUGUGACCUAAUGCAUUUGUAAUCGGGAAAGAGAUAACGUCAUGCUGUUAUCAGGAGGAAGAGUUUCAUUUCUUUUAACUUUGAACCGGAAUCUAGAAACCUUCAUGCCCAUGGGGUUCGUCAUUUUAAAUUGUCAUAAAAAUGUCAAUAUUGAUAUUGCAUUAACAAAUUAUUUUUAAUUCCAGGUGCACAGGAAUUAGUAAAUUUGAUGGGAGACAAUGGCUUUGAGAUGGAUGGCACUACGUAUGUAUUAACAAUACUUUACCGCUUUACCAGGGCUUUUGUUUCCUAUCAGAUUUUGAAGGCUUAGCACUACACUAUUCCUGCAACUGUAAAGUGUACAAUGGGUAGGUCUAGAAAAUAUCAAAAUCCCUUCACCACCCCUCUAGAAAUUCCAGUGAAGUUAAAUGCAUUCCUUUGAAUUGUUUUUCCCGUCUUCGAGAACCAUUUCCCCCUUCUGCUUUUUGUCUCUACUCCUUCCUUGGCAAGUGAUCAGUCAUGAUCUGACAGAUGAUUUUACCCUUUUUCUGGGUUCUUGGAUUUAGUUUAAUGGAAAAUGUAACAAAGUUAUUCACCUUAAGCUUAGCAGUCUCUACCAGUCAGCAGUCAAACUUAAAAGUGUAGGCACUGUUUGCGCAGUUUGAAGCGAUUGUUUUUCCUUCCACCCAUCCAUAGCAGUGUGAUGGGUGCCUGAAAUGGCGACUCAUGGCCAUGUUGCAGAGAUUUGCCAGCCAUGGGGACUGAUUCUAUCUACUUGCCGGCUGGAUCUACCUUAGGCACCCUCCUUCCAUUUAACAAGGCAGCUAGCUAACGAGGGAAUCAUUUUCUUUUCAUUUUUUCCGUUUCUAGCUUGAGGUACCUGGUGAAAUCUUAUGGCAAUCCAGAUGCUGAUGACGUGGAGUCCUUUAUAAAUCUUUCUCAGGUGCUAACACUUUUUACUCUUCGGAAAAAUGAGAACAACCUCAGUGAUAGUAAUGCUCAGGUUUUGCCUGCAUGUUGUUGCAAAACAUUUUGAAGAGACAGAGUGGCACGGCACAGGGUUUCAUUCUGUUCAGCCAAAAUAGUUUUUUCAGCGUGCACAUGCACUUGAUACAUGCAAAGCGUAAUGUCCAUUCAAUACACGUCCGAAAGAUUUGGACUAUUAACCUGCUGUCCCUCAGCAUUUCAUGGAAGCCAAGUGCAGGGUUAUUACCAAAUAUUGACGGAUGACCAGAUUUACAAUGAUCUUCUAAACAUUAUAAAUUACCUCACUAACAAUUAUCAUUAAAAUGUACACUUUUCCUCUUUUGCAAAUAAAUUGGCCUCCAUUAUUGGUCCCCAAGUGUCAUUAUGAUGUUGUUUGUUGUAGGAUGUUCCUGUGUCUAAGUACAUGCUAACAACAAUGGCUUCAUUAGUCAUGACUACAGGGCAGCUAGAUAAACUGCAGAAAACUGGUAAGCACAAUGGUUUAGACCAAGAUUAACCCAUUCGCCAUGGGAAUUUUGGCGACAAAGUUUUGGAAGCUAUUCGAACCGUUUUCUGGUCACUGUCUGGCUAUAGUGAGACAAACCACCAGAAAAGCUGUUUAGUAAAGGUCGAUUAUUUCGCAGCCUUCUGUUCCAAAUUCAAAAUAUUUGCUUCUGAAGUUCGGCCAUGUUCAGAAAUUAACAUUUGGAAAUGGGUUUGGGGUUUUUGAUACUGUAUUCUAGACUUUUCUUUUGCUUUUUCUCUCCUUCCCGUGAACAAGAUAGAUAACCGAGAGCCUUAUACUUCAAAGCGGAGGUCUUAGAUUUCCCUGUAAUGACCGAACGGACGAGGUUAAUAUUUUAUUGAUUAUAUAUAUGGCCUUUUUGGCGCUUUCUUAAAAAGAAUGCAAUAAAGUAAUUCUCAACAUUCGCUUCAGCUUGAAAGAGGCCAUUCGAAACCUGGCGAUGCGAUUGAAACCACCAUACACAGUUUCUUUGACAAUGAGACAAUUUUUGUCGUUAUUACCUCAAGAUAUAGGGCAAAUUUAACCAAUACUCGGUCACUACGGAAAAUUUUGCCCGCUGAGCAGCCAACCAGAGCGCGUGUACUAUUGUAGCCUUAUAAUAAACACAGUGUAACAGUUUAAUACCCUGAUUGUCUUUCUAGUCGAGUAUGCCAAACAGGAAGGAAUUAAUCUCUUAUGCAUAUCUGAUGCUUUUGGACAGUAUCUAGCAAAAAAGUGAGCAAACCUUUACGAGAUAUAUAUGAUAACUAGGUGUGAGUACAGUUUAACCCUUCUAGCGGGCAGUUUUACAAUUGCCAUAAAUUUGCAUGAAGGUGCAUUUCCUUAUUUCUAAUGACCUCCACACGUAUCCGAUAUUUUUAAAUCCGCAACUUUUUCUUUCCGGAUACAGCUUCCGUCCACACGUAUCCGGUGUAUCCGGCAGACAAGUCCGCAACUUUUUGAAUCCGCUCUCCUCUUGGACUUAAGUUUCAAGUCUUAUAACGUGUGUGCGGUUAAACCUACAUUGUUAAGCUUCUUUCCAUGUCGGACGGUGGAAUUGGGCGCCGUAAACGAGUUAAACGAGCAUAAUAGUGCUUGGUCAGGUGGGACAAUUUUGUCAGUGAAACAGUUACUGAAGAACGUUGGCGAUAAAAUUUUCUCAUGAGCCGAAGGUCGCUUUACGAAUUAGCUGACGAAGUGAGAGUGCGUCCGGAUACGUCAGUGUGGACGGGCAAAUUCGAUUUGAAUACGGCUACGUGUGGAGGUGAUUCAAAAAUAUCCGGAUACGUGUGGACAGGGCUUAAAUUUACAAACAUGAUUUCCUGUAAAAUAGAAGCAGGGCGUUAAUCUUUGAUUUUGUUUCAUAGGGUCCCCAGUAGGUUUGUCGGGAUGCGGGAUUUCCCUUAUUGGAAGCUCGGGAUUCGGGAUUUUAACGCGAAAUCGGCAAGAUUCGGGAUUGAGUAUGCGUACGAGUUAGAAUGCCCAAAAUAAUCCUCGGGAUCACGGGAUUACACGAAAUUUUGGGUCGGGAUCACGUGAUUGAAGAACCUUAUUGGGGACCUUCGUUUCAGGCUUAUUUAUGUGCCGAGUAGGUUGUACAAAUCUGCUUUUAUUUCCUUCCAUUACUCAGUUCAAUUGUAUCAUUUUCUUGGAAUUGAAAUAAUUAUAAGAUUUUUUUCGGAUUCUUUUUCAAACGUUAUGGGUUGGUCAUUCUGUUACGAGGAUCAUGUUCUCUUAGAUAUCUUUAUCCGCAGUUAAAGAUAUAUUUAAAUACAUGUCAUUUCCACUAUGAUCGGGUAUAUUACGAACUCACAAUGGCCUGCUCUCCUGUUGGUUUGAUUAGCUCAGUGGAUAGAGCGUUGCGUCUGGUCAUCGCAAAAGUCAGUGUUCAUUUCCCGAUAAAGCCUGGAUUUUUUAGUUUUUCUUUUUAACCGGUUUGGUUGCCCAUUCUACUGCGAGGAUCAUGAUCACUUUCAUAACAUUAUUUUUGUUGUUUUUGUUAGGAAUUUUGACCCACGAAAUGCAGUGCAGGUAAGAAAACAAUUCAGAAAUGCGAACUAGUACUUAAUAGGGGUUGGUCAAAACUGUAUAAUUAACAAUUUAUUCCACGAGUGCGCGUUAGAUAUGAGUUGGUAAUAAUCAUCUCCUAUCCAACAAGCGCGAGUGGAAUAGUGUUUUAUUAAAAACGCCCACAAAAUUAUUCCCGACUUUAUUUGUAAAAACAACCCAUUUUCAGCUUGUUUUAAUUUCGAGCAGACGCGUGCAGUUACCAUAUUGGGAGAGCAUGGUAUAAUGGCUCAUAUACCAUGAUGGCUGAGCCAAUCAGAGCUCUAGAAUUGCAUGAUCCAAUGAUUCAGUUUUUAAUAACUUAAAUCUCAAAUUAUGACAGUUACAGGUAUUAGGUCCAGGUAGGGGGUAGUGGGGGAGGGGAUGGGAGGGACAGUUUUUUUCAAUAUUGUGUUUUUUAUUCUUGCAGAUUGUUAAGCUUCUCGACAGUCUUGAUGCAACUCUCGGAUUGAGUAAGUCGAACGCAAAUUGUUGAUAAUAAAGCCAAUCUCUAAAAAUACUGCUGCGGUUUUUUAUUUUUAUUGAAUUUUAUAUUUUUUGUUUAUUGGCUUUUGAUAACCUCGCACAGUGAAUUUCGGUUUUGGGUCGUUCCGGUAAAAGCCGGAAAAAGUAACACCUCGGAAAUUUCGGUUUGCUUUAUUUUCUGAAAAAUGUGUUCGCUUUGUUUUCUGAAACAUUUCUACCGGAAGGAACUGUUCAAUCUGAAAUAUAACCGGAAAUUAUUGGUAUUCUAUACAAAUGAUAAUAACUAAUAAAUAAGCGCCACUGGAAUACCUUUUCCGGUUGCUCCGGGAAAUUUUGGCCGCUGAAACUUUCCACCGGAUAAACCAGAAAACAAGUGUUCCAUUAGCCUCGCACACUUACGUACUUAGGAAUUCCUCCCCGACUCCCACGAACGUCUACCAACGGUGGAGUUGGCUGCUCUCUUCAGCGGACGUUUGUGAGCAAAAAUGCAUGACGAAACGCUAAGAACGUCCGCGUGGGAGGGAGACUAGUGUACCAUUUGCAUUCUAAGCAGAAUUUCCGUCCCUGCACGACUUUCCCUGCGAGCAGAGGGUGAAACGACGAGCGGAAAGCGAGACACCGGGAGAGGCCUCUGAUAGACUAUCGGGGGGUGGUGGUGGGGGCAUUUUUUUUAGGCGACGUAUUAUAGGGGACGUAAGUUUCUGUUUUCUUUCUAAACUUGUUGAAGCCUAUAUCGCCAGGAAAAAACUUCCCUACAAAUGACAUUUUAACCGAGUUGCACAAAUCGCCUUUACUUUCCCCAGGUAAUGUUAUUGUUAAAGCAUGCGAAAAAUGCAGCCAAAGAGAAGCCACUACAAGAGUAGAAUUUGUUACCCUUCUUCUUAAGGAGGUAAGUUUCUAGUGGUCAAGUAUUACUGUUACACUCGCAUUCACAAAUGUUGCUUUAAACCAGUGUACUACAUGUAUGUUAGAGUGCGUUUUACGCGUUCAUACAGAUUUUAAGAUUCUGUCACUUUAUUUAUUUAUUUAUUUGUUUAUCAUUUAUUUGCAGGGUUUGAAUCAUUUGUUGGAGUCUCGCACAUUCACAUUUGUUAUGUCAAGUUUAACGCAAAAUAAAAUGACGACUGAGUUUUAUGAAGUAAGUUCGUAGCGCAACUAGACCUGAAAAGAAACCCAACUUAUUUUCUCCUUACAAGUCACCCCUUGAGGCCUUUAACUGUACCUUGAAGUUUGAAGAUAAAAACCGCCGUUGAGAUUAAGACAGUAAUAUUUCCGUUUAUGCAAGGAAAAACAGGGUUACCGGUCGUUUUGAAACAAGUUUAUUCAAUCGAGGUGAAAAUAGUUUCACGUCAUUGCAUUUGGCUUAAAGAACAAAGAAUUUCACCAAAAAUGCUCUUCUUUUUCACGCUUGAGUGAACGAAAUUUUUGUGCAAUUUCACAGCUUGAGUUCGUAUCGAAACGACCGGUUUCCAAAAAUAGACGCGUCUUACGUAGACGCCUACAAUAGACGCGAACUGUUCCAGUUGUAUACACGAGCAUAAGAUGCGUCUUGGCGCAGUCGUGUCUUUGUUUAAAAAGACUGUCGGUCUCAUAUGCCAUUUAAGGGUGGAACACUCUUGGUGACAAGUCGUAGCAACACGUCGCGGCGACACCUUGAUAAACUGCUUUUUACGUACGGGAGAAUUUUUGUGAAAAUCUUUGUCUCCGCGACAUGAUUUAUUAAAAUGAUCUGAUUUUCUGCGACGUCUUGAGGGGACAAAUCCUGUCGUGGAGGCAAAGAGUUGCACAAGCAUUCUCCUGUAAACACGAAGCGAUUUGUCGCUCCGACGCGUGGGCGUAUUACGCGACCUGUACACAGAAAGUGAUUUAUCGCUGUGACUUGUUGCAGCGACAUGUCGCCUAGUGUCCCGACCUUUAUUUGGGAGGUUUACGUCUUAUUUUUUCCGUAUAGAUGACACUACUAUCUUCUCUCACAGUGAUUUUUGAAUUGUUUUUUCCUUCACCCUUUUCUUAGUUUGUACGCGUUAUGAAGGAAUCCAAGGUGACAUUAGAUGAGCACCAUUACAGACAGUUAAUUAAGGUAGGUCAUUUUCAGCAUUUCUUUGUAGCCGACAUUUCGCGACGCCAUCAACGGUUUCCCCUCGAGUGACGUCUGAAGAACGAGCGCAGAUACUAAUGACGUGUCACUACCCUUAUCGGGUUAACGCUUAUAAUUGGUUGAAAAUUUGUUUCAACCAAUCAGAUCUGGGUAGUGACUCGUCAUUAGUAUGGAAUUUCUGUGCUCGUUUCUCAGACGUUACUUCGAGAAACCAGUGGUGGUGUCGCGAAAUGUCGGCUGUUUCCUCAGGCUAUUUUUUUGUCACCCUGCUGUAGCUGCAUGCAUUAUUUCAAACUUUUUUGAAUUCAAGAUAAAAUUCUCUGAUUUUUUUUCUUUAUUUUUCUGCAGAUGAUGGCAUUUGAUGGAAAGGCAGAAGCUGCGCAAUUUUGCUUUGAAAAGGCCGCAGUAAGAUGUUGAAUGUUAUGUACCUUUUGGGGUCCUUUUGCUCUUUAAUGUUGCUAAAUAUUGCUGGCUUCAGUAUUUCUACAUAUCUUGGGUGACAAUGUGAGAACCUUUAAUCAGUCUUUACUGACUGAAGUGGAUGUAUGAAGGCGUUUACUAAGCGUGCCCAUCCCCCACCCCUCCCCCCCCCCCCCCCUCUUUGUGGGUCGUGCUUUUUUUUUUUUUUGUUGCGGGUAGCAUCCUAAAUAGGCCCCCGGGGGGGGGGGGCAAUUUUCAAAAAAAAAACCCCCCGGCCACAAAAAGGUUACAAAAAAGAAGAAGAAGGCGGGGGGGGAGAGGAGAGUGAGGUGGUGGUGGGGGCAAGAGUGAUAAAAAAAAAUUUUUUUCUUUUUGGGGUCCUUUUUCUUUUUAUUUUGGUUAAAUUUUGUGGGCUUAGGUUUUUCCAAAUAUUUUGGGGGAAAAUGUGGAACCUUUUAUCCGGCUUUUCUUGCUGCAGUGGGUUGUUUAAGGGGUUUUUCUAACGGGCCCCACCCCCCCCCCCCCCCCCCCCCCCCCAGUUUUUGGGUAUCGGUUCUUUUUUCUUUGUGAAGGUGCAAAUCAUCAUGAUAGCCCUCGGCGGGGCGAGGAAAUUUGUUCAAAAAAACUCCCCGGGACUAAAAACUGUGAUCAAAUACCCCAUCCUAGGGACAAGUAAGAUUUACAUUUCCUUGACAGCCGAAGCUUAAAAUCGCAAUUAAACGCAGUGAGUAAAUGACGGAAACAGGGGUCCGAAAUUUUACCAUGAGACACGACGAGAAAUUCAACUUCGUCACAGUUUUUCUAAGAAUUCCUUUCAAAGAUUUUCGGGCUCCUAUAGUUUUUUCUUCUCUAUACUAUAGAUUCCUCUUCUCUCCAAAAUUGUAUGCAGUGUUUACAAGCGUGUUCACGCUUUCUUCUGGCUUGUGUUGGUUAAAAUGCGUUAAUAUUUAACUGGAAUCAUUCUUUAAGGAGCUUGUGCUUGGGUACUCUUUAUUUUCCAUUAUAGAGUUUUUAUGCGUACUGGCUUAUAACCAGUAAGCAUUAUGUCAACGUCUGUGUAAGUCCGUAAGUCCGACAAUUAUGACUGGGAUCUGUUGUGUAACGUCGAAGCAACGAUCAAUUUCAGAGUGAUAUUCCGAUGCAUUUUUGCGCAGUAUGGCAUUUCCAGAAGUUGUAUUAGUAGCUUCCUUAUCAUCCAAAACGCGAACUGCGUGAAUCAGAAUCUUGAAACUGAUUAUUCCUUUGUUUUGUUCUUUUAGAAAUUAGCUGAACCAACAGACCUGAUGUACAGUUAUUUAUUGCUGUCAUAUGCUCACUGCUCAGAAGGGGGAAUAUAUGCUCGUGUACCGAAAGACAGGGUAAAAAUUAAUAGUGCACAUUGGCUGUUACCUGUGUGAUUACAUCUCUUAGGCAACGUUCACAGACAAUUCAUGCGUUUUGGUGUGCCGCUUUCCCGGCACGCUAACUGUACGAAUAUUUCUAGCCGAAACGGUCAAAAAUUUGUCUGGCGUGGUGUGAACACCAUGACCCUCUGAAUUUUUGUACGGGAAUUCGUCCGGUGCCGUUUGAAUUUAGCCUUAGUUAGUUAAAGGCUCUUCUAAUUAUUGUGGUUUUUUUUUGUAGUCAAGUUUCUGUGUUGAGGGUAAUAUGGCAUAGAAGGCAGUGUGGCCGAGCGGUUAGAGCGCUGGACUUGUAAUCCGGAGGCCCUGAGUUCAAGUCCCGCUCUAGCUGCUAACUGGAUUUGUUCACUGUAGUCCCGAGUUGAAGUAGUAAAAUGCAAAAUGUUUAUAUCGACAGAGAGAUCGUAUACUUCUCGACGUCUUCGAUAUGAGGAUAAAUUUAUAAUAGUUUAUAUAAAUAAUUGCAACUUUCUUUUUCUUUAUACACAGAACAUGAAAAGAAUUUGUCAAUUGUACAAUGAGAUGUGGUCAAGAGGUCUGAGGUAAAUUCCAGGUUUUUAGUUUGUUAGAUAAAUUUCGUUUUCUUUGGUUUAAGUCUCAUUAUUAUACAUUAUCAUACCCCAAAGCGGCAAAAGAGAAUAAAAUUUAUACCAAGAAUGAAAUUGAACCACAACGUAUAUGCUGUAGGUAAAACUCUUUCUCAGCGUAAACCAGAGUUUCCUUUAUCUCCUACAUGUAUGAACAAUUAGGUUUGGGCGGAAAGAGAGAAAAUUCUGAAUCAACCUGAAGGGAUGAAGACUGGUUUAGCCUAAGAGUGCAUUUUACCAGCAACGUAAACACUCCCCAAAUAAGCAGAUUUGAUGAGUUAGCGUCCCUUAAAAGUACAGUGCAAACUUAGGCCUGGUCCAAACGUCGAACUUUUCAUGAGACGAAUCAAACUUAGUGAGUCAAGUUCAUGAAACGUCCGACGUCUGGCACAGUUAAGGUCGUCUAAAUGAGUUUGGAUAGUCUAACACGUUCUAUUCGUCUGCUUCAGACGGAUAGAACGUCUGAAGAUCGUCUCCGGGAAAAGCGUUGAUCUUCUCAUGCGACGAACUAAACUAAUAAAUUAAAAAUUCGUUUGAUAAUAUAUAUUUAGCCUAGUUCGGGAUAAAAGUUCGUAAAAUCGCUAUUUGGUCCGAUUCAGUUGAUUGGUUCGACUCGUCCUAAGUUUGACUUUUGAUCCAACAGACGAUCUUAACUUAAUUUAGGUCGCCCAAAUGAAAAGUUCUCGUGAAAGUGUCAACGUUUGGCCUUAGACUGAAGUUAGGAUUGAAGUAACCUUGUUUCUAUCGUUGUUUUUUUGUGAGUUAGACUGACAGCGCGGGCCAAAGGUGCGGCAUGUAUAGCUCAUCUGAUGAUGGGAGAUCUUGAAAAAGCGGAGGAAAUAAGGAGGUGAGGAGGGCCGUGCGAUACCCAUCUUACAAUAUUAUUGCGAGUUAUCAAGGAUACCAUUAUUGUUAUGUUAUUUAUGUUAUUUAUUUUUUCAGUUAGUUUUUUAAGUUCAGUUUGAACAUCAGUAGCUGUUUCAGUGCGUUCAGCUGGGAAUAAUUUUUUCUGUUUAGAAAGAACGUCUAUGCGACCAGCAGAUCAUGAGCGUUUUAGACGGACAAACCAGAAAUGUUGGCGGGCAGCUUUAUGUUCAGUUUCAAUUGCUUCAAUCACCGUGCAAGUCCUGUUAUCAUAUAUAUCCUACCGCAAGUAGGAUAUCGUGGGACAUGGUCAAAGUUUUAGUCGGACAUUAUCCAGUGACCGACCCUUAUUUGCAGCUCUGGACUACGAUUGUACGAAAAGUAAUCGUAGAUUAUAGUGUGUUCGCAGUUAGAGUAUCUUUUGAUCAGACGUGCAUGGAAAUCGGAAAUAUCUCUUAAAGGAAAAUUUAUUUUCGAAGACGUCUCAAAUUUCAAGCGAACGAAAAAGUGCUCCCUGGGCAAAGGAAUUUCCGGGUUCAGUUAUCAAGAGUUUAUAUGGAGAAUCAAGAGAUCAUAUCUCUUGUUGAGAAUUAAAUGCAAAGUUGCAUAAAUUACACCGACAAUGCUAAGUGGGUUACGCAAACAUCAGAAAACUAGCUGCACCAUUCUUGUAUGAAAUGCAUUGUUUGCAAAGGUGGGGCUAGUUGUGAAACAUCACCAAACAGUCCAGAUUUCCGUUUUUAUUUGUUGGCUACAACGGUUUGAUGAUCUAUUCAUCAAAAAUGUGUGAAUAUCUUAGGUGUCAUGAUAAGCGACCCUCAACUUAUAAGUUUCACUGGUUUCUUAACUGUCUUUUUUGUUAUUGUUUUUUUUCUCUGCACAGUACACAUGGGAUAGGUGUCCCUCGAUACAGAGUGUUAUCAGAGUUCCUUAAAAGUUACUCUAAACGUGGUGAUGUAGCAAGUAAGUCUUAAAGGUUGGGUUGGAACUAAGGUGGCCACACCUUGGCAACUCUUCCCACCUAUUGAAUCUGAUGGGUGAUCUCUGGUUAAACUCGUACGAGUAAAAUAUUGUUUUGCGUUUAUCCCUUCUUCUUUAUGCAUCCUUCUUUCUAAAGGUGGAUUUCUACUGUCGCGUAAUUUUUAUUUACGUAAAUGAAAUUUAAGAAAUAUAUAUAUGAAAGGUAGCACGAAACCGUAAAAGUUGAGCGAGGUUCAACUUUUACUUUCACGCGCGACCUUUCAUAUUGCUUCUAUUUUAUUUACGCACGUAAAUUGUACUCAAUAACAAAUGAAAUGAUAUGUCUGGAGAGAAGAACACAGGAAAAAAUUCUGAGUUCCAGAUGGGAGUUGAACCCACGACCUUCCGUACACUAGUCGGAUGCUCAAACCACUGACCUACUGAGAACUGAAGUGGUGAGCAGGUCGUAAAAAUUACGCGACAGUGAAAAUCCACCCAAAGGUAGCUCCAUAAUAGCAAUUUUUCUUCUAUGAUUUCACCAAGGCUUGUCUGUAUUAAUUUUUCACUAAACACACAAGCGUAUACACACGCCUCUUUCCUCAGAACAUCGAAACAUGAAUUUUAAAACACGUGGUCUUGUAGUGGGCGGAAUAAAUACAGUAGCAUGCAUGGUUGCCAGCCUAUCCCGCGGUAAAAUGGAUUUCUUUUGCUGCAUUCAUGUUCACUCCGAAAAACAUGAACUUCACAACAAAAAAAUAGGUUUUAGCAUAUAUAUCACCCAGAACUACGCAGCAGACAUUUACGAGUACAUUUUUAAAAUUCCUUCAUUACUUGACGAGAUAUAUUACACCACUACCCUCUUCCAUCGGUUAGCAUAAUUAAUGUUUAUGGUCCCACCUUUAACAAAAACAUGAGCCUCUCAGUUAUGGGCCCUCUUAUUUCUUUUAAAAAUUGAUCUCUCUUCUUUAUUUACUCUAAAGAGUCACAGGAAUUAUAUGAGGAACUUAAAGAAGAAAUGAAGAAUCUUACCAUGCCAACCUUUGUCUACAACAGUCUCCUACAUGUCUAUGGAUUCCAUGGUAACAUGAACAUUUUAACGUUGAUUUGUAUUAACUACAAUGGUGAUGGUAAACUAAGUAUCGCAACAUGAUAACAACCAAUGCCAGUAUUGUUUUGGCCAACCACAGAAGCCGAUAUUAAUGUAAUAAUGAUCCAAUUAAAACUCGGCUCGAUUCCAUCUUGUCGGGCCAAGCGGGAAAUAUUUUUGCCAGUUGGUUACCAGUGGUUUUGUUUCUGUUUCUGAUUGAAAAGCAGAACCAAACGAUUGCGGAGUUUCGCUGGAAAUGUGCAUGAAACAUCCAGCAUGAUCCCAUUUGUUCCGUUGACUGUAGGUUUGUCUAUCAUUGUCUCUCUGUUCAUUUUUUUGGUGGAUGGCGAAAUCCUAAGGCCAAUGUUAAAGACCACAUUUCAAUUAGAGUUCGUAUAAAGAAGGGAGAAAUUGCUCUGCUGAAACCAAUAAAAACAGGUGGAAACCCUUGCCGCCUUUCCUUUAAAACCUGCAACAAUAAGUAUCUGAAAUUUUAAAUAACAUUUAUAAGGAUAUGUAUGGGAUAUCUUAUCCUGGUUUGCCAAAACCUGGCCAUUGAAAAUGUAUAGCCGUUUGAUCAGAAGAAGGUCCAAACAACUUUUAAUAAGUGCUUAAACUGUUGAAUUUUUCAGGUGACAUUGACUCCCAGUGGAAGAUUUUUGAGGAGAUGAAGAAAAACAACGUGGAACCCAAUCAGUUUUCCUACUCCAAUAUCAUCAGAACAUAUUUACACAAGUAAGUAAAGAAUAAUAAAUGUCAAACGAAAGUUGUAGUUCACAUUGUCUUGAAAGUAAUAAUUGGCUUUUGAUAACCUCGCACAGUGAAUUUCGGUUUUGGGUCGUUCCGGUAAAAGCCGGAAAAAGUAACACCUCGGAAAUUUCGGUUUGCUUUAUUUUCUGAAAAAUGUGUUCGCUUUGUUUUCUGAAAAACUUCUACCGGAAGGAACUGUUCAAUCUGAAAUAUAACCGGAAAUUAUUGGUAUUCUAUACAAUUGAUAAUAACUAAUAAAUAAGCGCCACAGGAAUACCUUUUCCGGUUGCUCCGGGAAAUUUUGGCCGCUGAAACUUUCCACCGGAUAAACCAGAAAACAAGUGUUCCAUUAGCCUCGCACACUGACGUACUUAGGAAUUCCUCCCCGACUCCCACGGACGUCUACUAACGGCGGAGUUGGCUGCUCUCUUCAGCGGACGUUUGUGAGCAAAAAUGCGUGACGAAACGCUAAGAACGUCCGCUUGGGAGCGAGACUAGUGUGCCAUUUGCAUUUUAAGCAGAAUUUCCGUCACUGCACGAUUUUCCCUGCCAGCAGAGGUUUAUACAGCGAGCGGAAAACGAUACACCGUGAGAGGCCUCUGAUAGCAAUGAAUGUACGACUAUCGGGGGGUGGUGGUGGGGGAUUUCUUUUUGGCGACGUAUUAUAGGGGACUUAAGUUUCUGUUUUCUUUCUAAACUAUAACUUUCGAAGCCUAUAUCGCCAGGAAAACUCUCCUACAAUUGACAUUUUAACCGAGUUAGACAAAUCGCCUUUACUUUCCCCAGGUAAUGUUAUUGUUAAAGCAUGCGAAAAAUGCAGCCAAAGAGAAGCCACUACAAGAGUAGAAUUUGUUACCCUUCUUCUUAAGGAGGUAAGUUUCCAGUGGUCAAGUAUUACUGUUACACUCACAUUCACAAAUGUUGCUUUAAACCAGUGCACUACAUGUAUGUUAGAGUGCGUUUUAUGCGUUCAUCCAGAAGUUAAGAUUCUGUCACUUUUUAUUUAUUUAUUUAUUCAUUCAUUCAUUUGUUUAUCAUUUAUUUGCAGGGUUUGAAUCAUUUGUUGGAGUCUCGCACAUUCACGUUUGUUAUGUCAAGUUUAACGCAAAAUAAAAUGACGACUGAGUUUUAUGAAGUAAGUUCGUAGUGCAACUAGACCUAAAAAGAAACCCAACCUAUUUCCUCUUUACUAGUCACCCCUUGAGCCCGUGAAAUGUACCUUGAAGUUUGAAGAUAAAAACCGCCGUUGAGAUUAAGACAGUAAUAUUUCCAUUUAUGCAAGGAAAAAUAGAGUUACCGGUCGUUUCGGAACAAGUUUAUUCAGACCAGGUGAAAAUAGUUUCACGUCAUUGGCUUAAAGAAUGAAGAAUAUUCACACAAAAUGUUUUUCUUGUUCACGCUUGAAGUGAGCGAAAUUUUUGUGCAAUUUCACAGCUUGAGUUCGUAUCGAAACGACCGGUUUCCAAAAAUAGACGCGUCUUACGUAGACUCCUAGCCGCGAACUGUUCCAUUUUUAUACACAAGCGUAAGAUGCGUCUUAGCGUAAUCGUAAUUUUUGUGCAAAUCUUUGUCUCCGCGACAUGAUUUAUCUUCGCAACAAGUAGCAUGCACACAUUUAAAAUGAUCUGAUUUUCUGCGACGUCUUGAGGGGACAAAUCCUGUCGUGAAGGAAAAGAGUUGCUCAAGAAUUCUCCUGUACACACGAAGCGAUUUGUCUCUCCGACGUGUGGACUUAUUACUCGACCUGUACACAGAAAGUGAUUUAUCGCCGUGACUUGUUGCAGCGACAGGUCGCCUAGUCUCCCGACCUUUAUUUGGGAGGUUCACGUUUUAUUUUUCCCGUAUAGAUGACACUACUAUCUUCUCUAAUAGUGAUUUUUGAAUUGUGUCUUUUUCCUUUUCCCUUUUCUUAGUUUGUACGCGUUAUGAAGGAAUCCAAGGUGACAUUAGAUGAACACCAUUACAGACAGUUAAUUAAGGUAGGUCAUUUUUAAUUUUUAUUAUUAUUUUUUGUAGUAGCCUAAGAAAACAGCCGACAUUUCGCGACGCCACCAACGGUUUCCCCUCGAGUGACAUCCGAAGAACGAGCGCAGAAAUUCUAUACUAAUAAUCUGUCACUACCCUGAUCGGGUUAACGCUUCUGAUUGGUUGAAAAUUUGCUUCAACCAAUCAGAGGCACUACCCCGAUCUGGGUAGUGACACGUCAUAAGUAUGGAAUUUCUGCGCUCGUUUCUCAGACGUCACUUCGAGAAACCAGUGGUGGUGUCGCCAAAUGUCGGCUGUUUUCUGAGGCUAAUUAUUUCUUUGUCACCCUGCUGUAGCUGCAAGUAUUAUUUGAAAACUGAAAAUUCUCUGAUUUUGUUUUUCUUUACUUUGCUGCAGAUGAUGGCAUUUGAUGGAAAGGCAGAAGCUGCCCAGUUUUGUUUUGAAAAGGCGGCGGUAAGAUGUUAAUUGUUAUGUUCCUUUUCGGCUCCUGUUGCUUUUUAAUGUUACUAAAUAUUGCUGGCUUCAGUAUUUUUAUAUGUUUGAGCGACACUGUGUGAACCUUUAAUCAGUCUUACUGACUGAUGAAAUGGAUGUACGAAGGCGUUUAUUAUUCAGUCAAUUCCAAGCGUGCCCAUCCCCCACCCCCUCCCCCAAUUUUUUGUGCAUUUGUCCUCUUUUCUUUGUGAUGGCCCUCGUCGGGGCGAGGAAAUUUGUUCAAAAACCUCCCCACAGCUAAAAACUGUGAUCCAACGGACAAGUAAAAAAUUAUAUUUCCUUGCCAGCCUAAAAGCUUAAAAUCGCAAUUAAACGCACUGAAUAAAUGGUGAAGACAGUUUUCCUCGAUUUUUCGAUGGACCCCGGCGAAGAACGUCGUCACAGUCCAAAUUCAACUUCCUGACAGUUUCUUUGUGAGAAGUUCUUGCAAAGAUGGACAGGCCCCCAUUGCUUUUGUCUCCUCUUUAGAUUCCUCUUCUUCUCUGUUUACGCUUUCCGCUAGUCAGUGUUGAUAAAAAACGCCUUAAUAUUUUAAUAAAACCUCAAUCAUCCUUUAAGGAGUUUGUGCUGUGUACUCUUUAUGUGCCAUUAUAGAUUUCUUUUUGUGCUUACUUGCUUAUAACCAUAAGGCAUGAUGUCAACGUCCGUGUAAGUCCGACAAUUAUGCCUGGGAUUGUAGAGCCCUGUAGCUGAGGUCUUGGAUGCCUGUUAGAUCUGUUGUCUCUCUACCGCACAAGCAACCCAACCAACUUCAGAUUAUAUGGUGUUAUUCCGAUGCGCUUUUGUACAAUAUGGCAUUCCAAGCUGAAUUAUUAGUUUCUUAUUAUCAUAUUCGCAAAUUGCAUGUAUCAGUAUCUUGAAACUGAUUUUUGAUUUGUUUUGUUGUCUUAGAAAUUAGCUGAGCCAACAGACCUGAUGUACAGUUACUUAUUACUGUCAUAUGCUCACUGCUCAGAAGGGGGAAUAUAUGCUCGUGUACCGAAAGACAGGGUAAAUAAUGCGCAUUAUUAUUCUUUGCAAAUUUUUCUCCCUUUCAUUGGCCGAGAGCCCACCACGUGAUCUGCAAACAACUACCUACAAAUAAUGGUCUGCUCAUGCGUAAUGUCGCCCAACUUUGUUUGUCUGCAAAUACUAUUCUGCUCAUGCGAAAAUGAAACCACGCCUUUCUCCUUCUUGCAAUCACUCUUGCGUGAAAAUGGCAGAUCGCUUCGCUUCCCGAUAAUAUUCCUUUAAAAAACAAACUCGACGAACGAAUGAUAAAACAAUUGUUGAACUCGGUCAUUGCAAAAUAUCGUGAUUUGUCAGUGUCUUGCAGACCAAUUAACUGCCUCCGCUUUCGGCUUGGGCAAAUAAUUGAUCUACUCGCCACUGACAAAUCACGAUAUUUUGCUCAGCUUCGUCUAAUAAUUGUUAACUGACUGUUACCUGUUGAUUACAUCUCUUAGACGACGUUUACACAGCACGAAUUGUCGAAGCUCGUGCGUUUACACGGGACCACGCCAAGCGGUAGAAAGUUUAGUUGCCCAGCCGUUCAAAAUUUUGACCGCCAAAAUAGAGGUCAAUCUUUUUAGCCGAAACGGUCAAAAAUUUGACUGGCGUGGGGUGAACACCAUGACCGUCUAAAUGUUUGUACGGGAAUUCGUCUGGUAUCGUUUGAAUUUAGCCUUAGUUAGUUAAAGGCUCUUUUAAUGAUUGUGUCUGUUUUUUUGUAGUCAAGUUCCUGUGUUGAGGGUAAUAUGGCAUAGAAGGCAGUGUGGCCGAGCGGUUAGAGCGCUGGACUUGUAAUCCGGAGGCCCUGAGUUCAAGUUCCGCCCUGACCGCUAGCUGGAUUUGUUCACUGUAGUUCCGAGUUCAAAUCCUCGGCCACACUUUUAAAUAGCUAACUUGUUUGCCUCUGGUCACUUGGGAUUCUUAACCUUGUUAUGUUUAUUCAGUUAUAUGAUUCUGUCCUUAUUUGUGGGCCACAAUCAAAACUAUUGGGUUGUCAGUAUUUGUGUUACCCUAUGUUAGUCAGUCAGCCAAUGUAAAGCAAGUCAAGGAAUCGGUUUGGGUCCAGUCCAUAGGUUUAGUCUAGUUGCGCGUCUGGUUUGGUGUAAGUCUUGUUCUAUCUAGUCUAGGUUAAAGCAUAGGUUAAGUUUAAAUUAUCUAGUCGAGUGAAUGUAGUUCUACGUAUAGUUCUGACAAACCAGUGAAGUAGUAAAAUGCAAAAUGUUUAUAUCGACAGAGAGAUCGUAUACUUCUCGACGUCUUCUAUAUGAGGAUAAAUUUAUAAUAGUUUAUAUAAAUAAUUGCAACUUUCUUUUUCUUUAUAUACAGAACAUGAAAAGAAUUUGUCAAUUGUACAAUGAGAUGUGGUCAAGAGGUCUUAGGUAAAUUCCAGGUUUUUAGUUUGUUAGAUAAAUUUCGUUUUCUUUGGUGAAAGUCUCAUUAUUAUGCAUUAUCAUACCCCAAAGCGGCAAAAGGGAAUAAAAUUUAUACCAAGAAUGAAAUUGAACCACAACGUAUAUGUUGUAGGUAAAACUCUUUCUCAGCGUAAACCAGAGUUUCCUUUAUCUCCUACAUGUAUGAACAAUUAGGUUUGGGCGGAAAGAAAGAAAAUUCUGAAUCAACCUGAAGGGAUUAAGACUGGUUUAACCUGAGAGUGCAUUUUACCAGCAACGUAAACACUCCCCAAAUAAGCAGAUUCGAUGAGUUGACGUCCCUUAAAAGUACAGUGCAAACUUAAGCCUGGUUCAAACGUCGAACUUUUCAUGAGAUGAACCAAACUGAGUGAGUUAAGUUCAUGAAAAGUUCGACGUCUGUCUCAGUUAAGUUCGUCUGAAUGAGUUUGCAUCGUCCAACACGUUCUAUCUGUCUGUUUCAGACGGAUAGAACGUCUGAAGAUCGUCUCCAAGAAAAAAGUUGAUUCAUGUCACGAACUAAACUAAUAAAUUAAAAAUUUGUAUGACAAUGUAUAUUUAGCCUCGUUCGGGAUAAAAGUCGUUGAAAUUGCUUUUUGGUCGGAUUCAGUCAAAUGGUUCGACUCAUCCAAAGUUCGACUUCUGACCCAACAAACGAUCUUAACUUCAUUUAGGUCCACCCAAAUGGAAAGUUUUCGUGAAAGGUUCGACGUCUGCCCAGGCCUUAGAGUUAGGAUUGAAGUAACCUUGUUUCUAUCGUUGUUUUAUGUGAAUUAGACUAACGGCGCGGGCCAAAGGUGCAGCAUGUAUAGCUCAUCUGAUGAUGGGAGAUCUUGAAAAAGCGGAGGAAAUAAGGAGGUGAGGAGGACCAUAGGACACUCAUCUUAAAAAUAUUAUUGUUAGGUAUCAAGUAUAUCAUUAUUGUUAUGUUAUGUUAUUUUUUUUUAAGUUAGUGUUUUUAUUAAGGUUGAGUUUAAACAUCAGUGGCUGUUUCAGUGCGUGGAGCUGCAAUAAUUUUUCUGUUUAGAAAAGAACGUCUAUCCGACCAGCAGGUCAUAAGCGUUUUAGACGGACAAACCAGAAAUGUUGGCGAACAGCUUUAUGAUGAGUUUCAAUUGCUUCAAUCAGCGUGCAAGUCCGGCUGUUAUCUUAUAUCCUACCGCAAGUAGGAUACCGUCGUGGGACAUGGUCAAACUUUUAGUCGGACAUUAUCCAAUGACCGACCCUUAUUUGCAGCUCUGGACUACGAUUGUACGAAAAGUAAUCUUAGAUUAUAGCGUGUUCGCGGUUAGAGUAUCCUUUGAUCGGACGUGCAUGGAAAUCGGAAAUAUCUCUUAAAGGAUAAUUUAUUUUCGAAGACGUCUCAAAUUUCAAGCGAACGAAAAAGUGCUCCCUGGGCAAAGGAGUUUCCGGGUUCAGUUAUCAAGAGUUAAAUAUGUAGAAUCAAGAGAUCAUAUCUCUUGUUGAGAAUUAAAUGCAAAGUUGCAUAAAUUUCACCGACAAUGCUAAGUGGGUUACGCAAACAUCAGAAAACUUGUUGCACCAUUCUUGCAUGAAAUGCGUUGUUUGCAAAGGCGGGGCUAGUUGUAAAACAUCACCAAACAGUCCAGAUUUCCGUUUUUAUUUCUUAGCCACAACGAUUUGAUUAUCCAUUUGUGUGAAUAUCUUAGGUGUCAUGAUAAGCGUCUCUUAAGUUAUAAGUUUCACUGGUUCCUUAACUGUCUUUUUUGUUAUUCUUUUUCCCUGCACAGUACACAUGGCAUAGGUGUCCCUCGCUACAGAGUGUUAUCAGAGUUCCUUAAAAGUUACUCUAAACGUGGUGAUGUAGCAAGUAAGUCUAAAGUUUGGACUGGAACUAAGGUGGCCACACCCUGGCAACUCCUCCCACAUAUUGAAUCUGAUGGGUGAUCACUGGUUAAAAGCGUACAAGUAUAACAUUGUUUUGCGUUAAUUCCUACUUUUUCAUGCAUCGUUCUUUCCAAAGGUGGAUUUCUAUUGUCGAGUAAUAUUUACUUGAGUAAAUGAAACAAAAAAUGUAUAAAAGGUAGCACGAAAACGUAAAAGUUGAGCGAGGUUCAACUUUUACUUUCACGCACGACCUUUCAUAUUGCCUCUAUUAUAUUUACGCACGUAAAUUGUACUCGCGUAAAAAUUACCCGACAUAAUAUAUAGAUUUAGCCAGGGCUAAAAGCGAGGCUCCCAUUAAUAAAUUUAUAAUUUAAAUCAAACAAUAAUCUUGUAUUCCACAAUUCAGUUAACUUUAGAGCAAAUUCGUGUGACUUUUCAUGGAAAGGCUAAGUGAUUUUACAAAAAAUAAUUUGCAAGCAGCCCAAGAGUGAACCAAAUCUCACAUCGAGUUGAUAGCCUCAUAAGUACACCCAAAAACUGGCAAUCAUCUUCGAUCACAUUUAUUAAGAGCCAUAAUGGCUCAUGAUCGCCUUAGAUUAAUUAGGCCUGGAAAAAAAAUUCCGGCCGAAUUUUUUGCGUUCGACAAGUUUACUUUACAAAAUCUUGCCAACAAAUCUGGGUGCGACUGUAAACCAACCUUUUAUAUCAUUUAUACAUCACAUCUGAGGUGAAACAGUACUAUGAGGCACUGUUUUUAUCAUACAGACCUCGCACAACAGAAUGCAGUAUUUCACAAUAUUGCGAUACAAAUUGCUAUCAUUCAAUAUUCAGGACGAUCGCAGCACGCGUGGGCUUUAGCUAAACCGUUAAAAAAAAUUUUCAAAAUCAUCUAUACGGCCAGCCGGUUCUGACUUUUGCAGUGCUAGCAGUGGCGAGUGUUUGAAUGAACAUUAACAGAGUUACGCUCCAACAUAAUAAAGAAUUUAUUAUGUUUAUUUUUUAUUUUAAAACGGUUUAACGCGCGGCAUUUUGAGUACUCCGGGAAGCGUUGUUCACUGAACGACUGAAAACAAUCGACACAGCGAUUAAAAUUACAAGAGACAGUACUAACAAUUAAUAAAAGAAAUAUAAUUCGGAGAAACAUAUACAGAGACGACAAUUUUCAUUCAGGAAGACAAGUAUUAAAGUGUCUCUAAAAAUCCUGAGUCUUCGAGCUUAAAGCUGAAUUUUGUGUUUUAAGCCGGCUUCCCGGUGUUUGCUUUUUUCAAAGACGAACUCGAGGCAAGGAAAUCGCUCAAACCUUUCUUUUACAGUCAGAAUUAUAACUAAAUAUUCCUUGAAACGUUUUCUUUCUAUUUGCGGUGAGAAAAUGUCUAAAGGCUUUUUAAAGAUCUGUAAGCUUAUAACAAACCUGAUACGCGGUCAGAUCAUUGUCUCAAAUCUUACAAACGUGCGUAAACAAAAUAGCCGCAUAAACUACGCUCGACUUCAUUAAAUUAGGAAUAAAAAACAAACAUCAAAUACAAUAAUUACUUAGGCUUACCACUCGAGAUGCAGCUCCUGAAAGGUAUCAAGGAAGGCCAGUAUCGCUUCAGACUUUGCAACCCUCUUACGCAUUAAGCAAGGUGAAAACGAAAACGAUGCCAUCCGAAAUCGGAUUUCCGACUUUGACUCAACCAAAAACCCAAUAAACAAACUAGCCAUGAAUAACAGAAGACUCCUGAUAGAAUCUGAAUUUCAUUUUGUACAUCCAGUGGAAAAAGAAAGUUAAAAACAUCACAAGUUGACACAAAACUCUGUCAGCUUCAGCUGUCAAAGUAAACAAGAUUCAAGAUGCUGCAUAAAUUUUGCGCAUGAACUCACCUGUCAAAUUUUGACCAAUCAGAGCAUAAAAAUUGGACGUAGAGCGUGACCAACGCGUGAACAUGGCGAGAAAAGUCAAAAGCAACUGUCUUCCCUGCCUGUAGCAGCUGGCUGAAUUUUCGCGUCCGAGGUCAGUUUGAAAUCAAAAUUUUAAUUGUGCGGCACAUAAACACAACAUAUUUCAUAUGAAUUUUAAAAAAAAAUUAAACUUGAGCCUGCAAUCAUUUGAAAACAAGUACCUUGUCAGCGGAUAACUUCAAAAAAAUACUCGACCUCGAUGGGUCGACACCUGAGCCCGCGAUUCGCUCAAGUGAUACUGGUCAGCGGAUACCUUGUUUUGACAGCUGUCAAUUGAUCACAUUUCCUGUGCUCCGAUCCCAAACUAGCUAAAUAUUAAUAAUAAUAUCCAUGCUAAAAAGUAUGAGAUUGAAUAUUGUUUGCGAUCUAGUAAAACGAUUAACUGGUCAGCGGACAGCUUCCAAAUAAAUUACGUCACCUCGAUGAGUUGACAAAUGAGCCCGCGUUAUGGUCAUGGGAUACUGGUCAGUGGCUAUCCUGUUUUGACAGCUGUCAAUUGACUAUAUUGUGAAUGUCAUAUAAAAAAGAUGAGGACUUGCCAACACACGCCUGAGACACCCCUCCCUUCCUUUUGAUAGUCUCCCCUACCCUACCCGUACAAUCUGUAGACGCGUACGUACGUACGUACGUAUGUACGUACGUACGUACGCUCGGUCAGUCACGUGACAACCAAGCGAAAAGAGGUUGACCAUAUUCCAUGAGUAUGGGGCUCUGUCCCACGCGCGCUUCGCGCGCGCGGGAGCCCCGCUAAUAAUAGCAAUUUUUCUUUUACGAUUUCACCUAAAGCUUGUGUGUAUUAAUUGGUCACUAAAUACUCAAGCGUAUACACACACCUCUUUCCUCAGAACAUCGAAACAUGAAUUGUAAAACACGUCUUGUAGUGGGCGGAAUAAAUACAGUAGCAUGCAUGGUUGCCAGCCUAUCCCGCGGUAAAAUGGAUUUCUUUUGCUGCAAUUAUGUUUACCCCAAAAAACGUGAACCUCACAUAAAAACAAAGGUUUUAGCAUAUAUAUCACCCAGUACUACCCAGCAGACAUUUACGAUUAAAUGUUUAAAAUUCCGUCAUAACCUGAUGAGAUCGUGUUACACCACUACCCUCUCCCAUCGGUUAGCAUAAUUAAUGUUUAUGGUCCCACCAUUAACAGAAACAUGGGCCUCUCAGUUAUGCGCCCCAUAUUUCUGAAAUUGAUCUCUCUUCCUUAUUUCCUCUAAAGGGUCGCAGGAAUUAUAUGAGGAACUUAAAGAAGAAAUGAAGAAUCUUACCAUGCCAACCUUUGUCUACAACAGUCUCCUACAUGUCUAUGGAUUCCAUGGUAAAAUGAACAUUUUUACGUUGAUUUCUAAUAUAUAGAUUUAGCCAGGGCUAAAAGCGAAGCUCCAAUUUUAAUAAAUUUAUAAUUUAAAUCAAACAAUAAACUUUUAAUCCACAACUCAUUUAACUUAAGGGCACAUUCAUGUGACUUUUGAGGGAAAUGCUAAGUUAUUUUAGAGUGAAACAUCUUACAUCGAAUUGAUAACCUUAUAUGUACACCCCAAAAAUAGCAAACAUCUUCCAUCACAUUCAAGAUCACAGUAGAUUAGGCCUCGAAAACAAAUUCUUGGAAAACAAAUCAUGCCAAAUUUUUUUGCGUUCGACAGGUUUACUUUACAAAUUCUUGCCAACAAAUCUGGGGGUGUUUAAACCAACCUUUUAUAAUUUUUAUACACCACAUUUGAGGUGAAACAGUACUAUUUAUCAUACAGAGCUCGGACAGAAUGCGGUAUUUCACAAUUUUUCAAGACAAAUUGCACUCAGUCAAUAUUCAGGACGAGCCAAACCGUUCAAAAAUUUCAGAAAAUUUCCAAAAUCACCCAUACGGCCAGCUGGUUCUCGUUUCUAUAGUGCGAGCUGUCAGUGUGGUCGAGUGUUUGAAUGAACUUUAACAGAGUUACGCUUCAACAUAAUAGCGAAUUUAUUAUUAUUUGUUUUGUUAUUUAAUGGUUUCAGUUAUAACGAUGUGUAAUCUUAUAAAGCGUUUGAUACGCGCGACAUUUUUGAGUACUCCUGCAAGCGAUGGUCAUGAACGAUGAAAACAAACGGCACGGACAAGCGAUUAAAAUUGCAAGAGAGACUACUAACAAUCAAAAAAAGAGACAUAAUUCCAUAACUAUAAUAGUGAUGGUAAACUAAGUAUCGCAAUAUGAUAACCACCAAUGCUAGUAUUAUUUUGGCCAACCACAGGAGCCGUUAUUAAUGUAAUAAUGAUCCAAUUAAAACUCGACUCAACUCCAUCUUGCCGGGCCAAGCGGGAAAUAUUUUUGCCAGUUGGUUACCUGUGGUUUUGUUUCUGUUUCUGAUUGAAAAGCAGAACCAAACGAUUGCGGAGUUUCGCUGGAAAUGUGCAUGAAACAUCCAGCAUGAUCCCAUUUGUUCCGUUGACUGUCGGUUUCUCUAACAUUUUCUCUCUGUUCAUUUUGUUGGUGGAUGGCGAAAUCCUAAGGCCAAUGUGAAAGACCACAUUUCAAUUAGAGUUCCGUAUAAAGAAGGGAGAAAUUGCUCUGUUGAAACCAAUAAAAACAGGUGGAAACCCUUCCCGCCUUUCCUUUAAACCUGCAACAUUAAGUAUCUGAAAUUUUAAAUAACAUUUAUAAGGAUAUGUAUGGGAUAUCUUAUCCUGGUUUGCCAAAACCUGGCCAUUGAAAAUGUAUAGCCGUUUGACCAAACAACUUUUAAUAAGUGCUUAAACUGUUGAAUUCUUCAGGUGACAUUGACUCCCAGUGGAAGAUUUUUGAAGAGAUGAAGAAAAACAACGUGGAACCCAAUCAGUUUUCCUACUCCAAUAUCAUCAGAACAUAUUUACACAAGUAAGUAAAGAAUAAUAAAUGUCAAACGAAAGUUGUAGUUCACAUUGUCUUGAAAGUAAUCAGAAUGGUAUUAGGAUCUCAAAAUACUUGUAUGGGUCACACUCGCCAUGGGACCACCAAUUUCCGAGGUGCAUAUUUGUAUACUGCGUUCGUUUCAUAGGGGUGUAAAAGCGGUUAAGCUAGGUUUGUUUCCGAGGAAAGCAACGCCUGCUACUCUCUCAUCUUAGAAGCCCGUGUCAACAUCCCAUCAGCUGUAAUGAUCCCUUCUGUAUCUUUUUGGCAUUCUUCCCGCAGUAAUUCCACGUAGGGAGAUAGCGGCCACACGAGCAACUUUUAUCUUAUUUUCCCGAUGGCUGGUGUAUGACCUUACCCCACGGGAAAAAGCUUAAUGUAACCGCAAUCGACUGUUACUACAGUGGACGUUCUCGUAAGCGGACACGCUUAGGACGCGAAAAGGGCGUCCGUUUUUUAAUGCUGUUGCUGGUCGCUUAUGGGAUUGGUUCUUUUUUCGGCCACUAGAGGUGAAGGGGUAAAAUGGCCGCUUGCAGGAGCUUACCCAGCUACAAAUAAACACUGAAAAGUAAAAAAACUGUUUGUUAGUAUAAUUGCUAUACUGUGGAUCCGACAACGUUGUAGCCUAGUCACAGGCAUAAAAUCCUAUUGGUCUGUUGAAGUAUAACUGACCUGAAAGUGUCCGCGACCGCUUACGGCAUUGUAAAAAUACAGAUUUUGUAUGGGAAUUCAAAAGUAGAGCUGUCCACUUACGAGAGUAGGAAGCUUACGCAACUACUACUACUACUACGACGACGACAACUUAAAAAAACAAUAGGUUUAAUGAUCAAAACAACAGCUCUGCACGUGCAUCACGCUUUUUAGUGCAUUCCUUUGACGUCCACUGCACGACUACGACGUGAAACCUCCUAAUUUGACGUUUUAUUGAGGACGUGGACAUAAGACGACGAAUUUCCAUUCCUCUUCUUGAACUUGAAUAAAAUCCUUAAGAAUUCAACUCCAGGAAAAGUCACCUGCAUUUAACAUAUUGAGCGGGUCCAAAUAGACGCGAUUAAGUUUGAAAGAACGCAAAUUCAUUUUUUUAGAGACGUUUUCACUGCCAUCGUCGUCGUCGUUGCUUAAGGUCCCUAACUAGUGUCCGUUGGAAGAACUUCCACUGUACUACUUGGCAAAUCUAAACAUGGUGAACUAAACAGUCAGGGCUGUCACUGAUGGACGGGGACCGGGGAAUUCCUCUGGCAACUAUGAGUACGACUCCCGGCUACUUAAAAAGAAUAAAAGCUUCUUCCUAAUUUCUCGCUUACUCUAGCUAAUUACAUAUAUCCCGUUUCAAUACUUGAAAUCAUAGUUACAGCCAUGUAAACUGUUGUGAACCAAAGCUUUUAGAUUCGAGCACUGCUACUCGUUAAGUUUAUUUUUAAGCGCAAAAGACUUGUCGGUGGGAUAAUCAUACUUUCCUCCUUCGUAGGGAUGACAUUGAUACGGCAUUGAAAAUCUUUCAAGAUGCGAAGGAACAAGGAAAGUUCAUAUCAGAUGCGACAUGCCUUCUUUUACUUAACUCUAUGGCAAGAACGGGCCAGUUGGAACACUUCGAGAGUGGUAAGCGACAUAUGGGUGCUUUUCGUUUGUUUGGAAAAACUGGUGGUCAUAGUGACUGACAUGAUCGCGCAAAAUGAGUGGACAUCGUACGUCAUUCACAGGGCGGAUGCCCUGGUUAUUCAUGACCGCCGAAGUGGCAAAUUAAAAUGCACGAGUGCUUUGAUUAAGCUCCGAAUAAGAGAAGAAAGGACCACACUUUGUCCACCAGCGUUGAUACAACUCAUUUUUGUUACUUUCUCAGCUCCAGAUGAAUGGGAUUUUGAAAAUGAAUGAUGUGUCUACGAUUUAAGCGAGGCACAAAAGACAAGCGUCUACUUGAUUAAAGGACAUGGCUCAUCACUUGAAAGUUGAUUAAAAACAAAAUGCUUAUUUCUUGUAUGGAAGCUAAAUUUUGUUCUACAUGUGUGUAAAAUGUAAAUAUACUUGAGCCUUUGGCAUCUGCUGUAUUUUUUAGCUUUGGAAGACAUCAUGACGAACAGAGUAGCAUCUGCGUACAGCAUGAAAUGGGGUGGAUUACUGCGUGGUAUAGUGUUCUGUUGCCUUCAUGCUGGAAAGAAAGAUCUUGCCCUGAAAAUCCAGUUGGUAAGUUCUCCUGUCUUAUUUUAAACAACCCCACGGAAAAAUGCUGUCCGGUAAAUUUCGUCUGAAUGAAGCAAAUAGAAUAGCGUUUAUUAUAUGGCUGAUCCGCGAGCGGUCAAGGUGAAGCAAAUCCUGUGUUAUGAUGUGCUACCCGAACGGCCAAGAGAGGCCCAUGUUGGCCACUCGGGAUUUCCCGCGUUGGUCCCGCAAGUGAAAGUUCUGUCUUUGGCAAUACAAUAAAUACUUUCUUGACCAAGCUUGUUUGGUCAAGAGAGAUGAAUAUUGGCCUUUUGCGUGUUCAUUGCCCUGGGCUUCGUCUCGGUUCAUAGAAACCCGAAAUGAACUUGGCCAGUAUCGAGCCAUCUUGACCGAAAAAUCUCGGUCAAUAACGGAUAGAUUCAUCAAUGAAGGUAACUUUGUACAGCCUAAUAUAGAGAGACCACUGGAAAACUAGUACUCCUAGUAGUUGUCAAUUCAACGGUCACUCGGUAGGAUUUCAUGUACAUGUAUAGGCUCAAAAGGUAGAAACGCCUUAAACAGUCCAUGUAUUUCAGUCGUUUUUAUGAUGACACUUCAGAGGUUUAGACAAGUCGCCCUUGCAAACUUUUAACCGGCUUACCCAGUUUUGCCAGGGGAGCUGUGAAAUAAUUCAUUGAAGAAGAAACAUGCAAGUCCCAGUUAAAAAUUGAGUACUUCUUCAAACUUCCUUUCAUGUAUACCUAUUGGCUGUGUACCAGCACGAGAGAUCUCUUUUCUAGAGUAACGGAAUAUUUAGAAGUCGUUUCCUUUUUGCUGUACGUAGGAACAUGAAGUGCGUUUGGAAAUACCUGCAUUUGUUGCGUAUGCAGAAAACUCUGCGAAACGAGGAGAGGUAUGCUAGUAUUUAGUUAAAUCAGACAUUACACGUUCUAUGCAACGUGCCAUGAAUUUGCCUCGUUUGUAUGCAACUAUACUUUAUCAUGAUUAUUAAUAAUAGUAAAUUUAUACCCCAUUUGUCUGUGUGUGACGCAGAGGCCAUAGUAAUGUUAUAGGUUCGAAAACUGUCCGGGAUUCUUUCAGUUUCUUUAUUCUUUGAAGAAUUUUGUUUUGUCACGUUAUUGUUGUGUUUUGAUUGUUUUUUUGGCCUGGCGAAUCUUCCAUAGAUAAUCUUCACUCGUUCUAACUUGUCUUGGUAAACAAUUUUAUGUGGUAAAUAGAUUCUUUAAACUGUAUAAACUGUCCAGCGACGUUACUUGUAUUAUUAUUUUGUUUUCCUCUGUAAGGAAGACUAGUCUAUUCGAAGGUAGCGGGUAAUAUAGAGAGUCAAGCUUCUUCUAUAACUUCUUCUCAAUUUCCUUUUUUUUAAUUGUCCCUAGGUUGACGCUGUAUUGAACGCAAUAGAAUUCUUUAAAGAAAAUGAUAUUAACCCUGCAGCAUUGUAUCUACCCCUUAUCAAGGCGUACGGUAAGUCAUAUAAGGCAUUUGUACCAUAACAAUGAAUGAGACCCUCUCUCUUUUGCUUUAUUAAGAGGGUGAUAUAUAUGUUGUGAUUCAAUUUUUUCAUUGGUCUAAAUUUUCUUUUCUUUUGUUUUAGGGUACUGUAAUGUAUGAUAAUGAGUUUGAAACAAAAGAAAAGAAAAUUUAAACCAAGGAUAAAAUUGAACUACAAAGUAUACACCAGAAACCGAUUACUUGACCCUUCCUGUAGAUGGAACUCCACAAAUGGAUGAAGCCAUCAAUUAUAUAAAUAACGCUACAAAGGCAAGCGCGGUAAAGAAGUUAAAGUGUCGCGCUCAACAGAGCUCGUCCUUUGGAAAACAGAGGAUGUGCCGGGACCGAAAGUGACGCUUAUUUUGUAUGUGGAUGUUUUCUCCGGUAAUUUUGGACUUCCGUCAACUGAGAACCUCCUUUUUUAUUUGAUCGCCUGAACAUGUUCAACGGAAAAGCUCCUUGUGCAUGUUCAAGCCUCCCAUACACGUACUAAGUAGCCUCUCUUUGUCUUCGCGACUCUACUUCUUUGGGAAUAAAUGUUUCGUAGACGUAGGAGGCGCGCAAUUCAAGGUGUCUACCUAAGGCACAUUUUGGUGCAAAGUUUGCUUCCCAAGAUCGAAAUGCCCCUUAAGAUAGUUGUUUAUGUUACAUGAUACGACUUUAGCCCGUGUUUGCAAUUUUCCGAGUGCGAUUUAAGCAUUGAAUGUUUAUGCAGCUAUGCAAAAGUACUUUUAACUUGUCAAAACUAGGAGGAUUCUUGCUCCUUUUUGUUUUAACAAGAAGGCUCUUAGUGAUCUUUAUAUCCGAGGUCGAGGUUUGACCAAUUGUUUUUUCGCGUUUUCUCCAAAAAAUAGACACCCUGAAAAGCCACAUUUUUUUACCAGAAAAGUUAAGACGGUAAUUUUUUAUUGAAGGAGGUUAAGCCCUCGGCCGAUCGGAAAAUGAUAAAACUGUUAACAUUUGAUAACUUGUUUCGGUCACAACAACCUUCUCGCUAAAACCCGUAGUAAAAAGACUGCGACUGCCACGUUUUCCCCGCCCGAAUGACGCUGACUGACGCGCUUGAACUACUUGUUAUUGAGAACAUCGCGUUCUCGUAGUCGUCCUCGUCUUAGAAUCUAAAGUUUUCUAACGACCAUGACAAUUGACCAAAACGCGAAAUCCUGCACUGACUGAAUGGUAUCGCAUUCUUCACGUUAGAUGCGCGAAAAGACCCUGCAUCUGUCAAGGCCUUGUAUAAUAAGUUGGUAGCCGAGGGGGUGGAACUUGACGAAUCAUUUCUGCAGAAUCUUAAUCACAUCCUGCUGAAGUAUUCAGAAACAGUGCCAUUUGAGGUACCUACACAGUCAAGCUCACCGUCAGAGGUACGUAUUUGUAACCCUUGAUCUAGGUCCCGGCAUAAAUGCUCUUCGUACUUGAAAAGACACAGUCCGCUUUGAGACCGUGUUGACUUGGACACUAUUUUUGCCACUUUGAAAAGAGUAUACCUCAACCCGAAAUUAAAGGUACUCAUCGGAUACGUCUAGAAAUCCACUUUAAUCUUGCCUAGUGUUUCAUUCGAUCUUCGAUCUUUUACUGAAAACCUGUUCUUAAGUAUUAAAAAAAAAAAAGUAUGGAUCGCGUAUCUUGUGAUAUACAAAACAGCUAAGAAAUGGUAUCUAAUGCGCAUGUGCCUCAGCUGAGUAUGUCCCUUUAAAUUGAGCGUUUAAAACUGACCCAUGCCUCGUUUGCUUUGGAAUCUCGUAAAGUAGUUUUUCUUUAGCUGAAUUUCGUAGGAGAAGCUAAAGUCCACCAGAAAUAUUAGGGAUCAGUUUAGGUUUCUGGGCAACUGCCCACUUACCCCUCCCCUAAGCCAUCAUUUUGCCCAAAGUGAGAAGUAAGUGUUAAUGUUAGCUUAGGGGAGGGGUAGGUGGGCAGUUUCCCAGAGACCUAUUAAUACUGCUUGAAUAGUAAUUUGCCAGUGCCAAUAGAUGUAAUGGUGAGGGCAUGCACUCUCCUCCCACGAAUGUGGCCCAGGUUCGCGUGAAUCCUAGAGGUUAUCCCGGCCAUAUGUGGCUUGAGUUUACUGUCGGCCUUUUUCCUUGCUCCGAGAGUGUUUCCCGAGGUACUGUAAAGCCUUGUACAGUAGUGUUUCUUCCUUUCUUCAAAAACCAACAUUUCUGAUUUCCAAUUCUACCCGAUCCUAAGACUGUAGGGAACAGCCCUUACCGCUAAAAUGGUAUUUAUACUUAUUUCCUUGGUUUGAUUUCUCAAUAUUUUUGCUCUUUCAGACACAAACUCUUGACAGUGACUCCGAAAACUUGAACGAAGACGAAGAAAGUAAUGUUCUGGAAGACAUCAAUAAAGACAUCCAGAAGGUAAUCAAACUCCCUUGGUGCUUUCAAAAAUUCUUCAGCUUCAUGUCAGCAGAAAUUUUUGCUUCUCCGAAAGUCGAAAAUAUUACCUUUUUGGUGGGCGCGCUGAUUUCAGAUUAUCAGCUUACGGCCCAGCGAUAUUGCUGAAGUUUAACUGUGGAACUGAAUCGUUUCACUCUCGUGUCGUCGAUGCGACUACUAGCAGUCCAGGCGUUCAGAUAGUCGGGCGGCUCAAAGAGGAGUAAACAGGAAAAAAUACAGCGAGGGCCGCACCAAUCUCCACUACCUGAACGCCUUAAAACAGGCUAGAACGUAGGUCGUUGUAUAUCUCUAGAAGUUAAUAUGAUCAAAUGCGCGUAACAACUGGUGCUUUAAAUGUUAAAAGAAAAAAGAAACUAAAGUGAACAUAGUAAUUAAGGCUUAAAAGUAAACAACGCUCCAAAUUUAAAUCAAAACACUAAAUAUGUUACAUAGUAGGUUAAAAGCAUUACAUAAAUUAUAUAAAGCUAGUCUAAAAACAUGCGUUGUGAGUAAAGAUUUAAAAGUUAUGAAAGCAUUUUAAGGCGUUACGAAUUUGUUCCGUAUGAAGAUAGAUCUUUAUAGAUUAGUCUGUCUAAAAUGACAAAAUCAAUAAAUGCUCGCAUGAUUUCAGACUGGUUAUGCUAAAACUUCUAUUUUCAUUUAAAUAAAACUCAUUUUGACUUGAAGGGUUUUGUACCUUCCCUUAUUUGAAAAAGACAAAUAGUCCAGAAUAGGGUAAAUUUCCAUGGCAUUGGUUUUGUCGGCCUGCUGUCAUAAAUUUGUAAUUCUUAUUUUCAGGAAGAUGACUUGAAGUGA